AUGUUACACCUACAAGGAAUAGAAGUUGUCAGGAUAAGAAACAUUAUCCUUCGAUCUUACAAGCAUGACAGAUUUUGCCUUCAACUGCUCAAUUCGAACAACAGUAUAGAACAAGGGUGUCAUAGAUCGCACAAAUACGAUGUUUGGACGGUCACGUGCCCUUUAUUCUCCAUGAAAAUUUCUUUCCAUUCCGUAGUGUCGUGUGCUAUCGACAAGCAAGUGCCUAUCGGUAACAUUAGCCUAGAUAGAAGACUUGUGGGCACACCAGAGGCUGGAGAGGGCGGUGGAGAUUUCGAAAGGAAUCGUGGGUGGAAGGACGUGACCACUGUGGGGGGUGUAAGCCCCUUGUCCAACGCACUGAUAGACCACGCUCACUACUUUCGCACAAGCAAUUGGAGAACUGUUCCGCUUGGAGGCGACGAUUCUAACGCCGGGCGGACAGAAACAAAGGCUACUACAGACCUGUUACAAAUGUGGAACUGUUGGCAUGCUACCAAGGAAUUCCUCACUGAUAAGGAUAUCGCUCGAGACGUGCACACCGCUAGGACGGGCAGCGGUGUUCCUGUCACCCGAUGA